AUGGAGGACAACAAUACCAAAAUAGCUACAGCUGGUGCAAGGAGGAAUACUGCGUCGAGCACGAAAUCAGUCAAGCCUGUACACCGAAACUCAAAACGAGCUAGCCAGACCUCGCAUUCGCCAGUACAUGAUCAUGCACCGCUCUCGCCCCACGGCUCCAACAUGGAUAGGCAUAAAAGAGUUUGGAAAGCCUGCGAACGGUGCAGGCAAAAGAAGACCAAGUGUGAUGGAGAAUUCCCCUGCAAGAGGUGUAAGGACGACGGGCUUGUAUGUACGGCGGGCACAAGAAAGAAGACCGAGUAUAAGCAAUUACCACGAGGCUAUGCCGAGGUAUUGGAAAAUACCCAACUUGCUUUGAUCGCUACCGUACACAAACUAUACGCCAUGGUGCGCAAUGGUCAACAAUGGGAUCUGGCCGAGCCCGAGCUCAACGAUCGUGGACAACCUGUCAUCCACAACAUUGCCACGUUACUUGGAUCCAUUCGUCCCAAUGCAGAUGCUGAUCUGCCUCCUCACACUGUCUUCCCCGAGGACGAAGCUGGUCUAUCAAAAUUGGCUGCCGAGCUAGAGGUACAUCAGCAGAUGGAUCAUGAAACACAGCCUACAGGUAUCAAGACCGAGACCGAGUCGACAUGUAACCGAACAGAACGAGCCAGCUCAUCUGAGCUCGACCAUUCGGAUUUUGAGCAGGACUACCGGAAAACGAUGAUGGCCAACCAAAAUCUUCAGACCCUGUCGCCGCAAAGCUUCAACUCUUAUAACGACUUUGAUACGAGUACGAUUCCUAGCGAAUUGGAUCCUACCGCAUUGUUCCCGGUCCAGUCGUCGUCAAAUCCGGCAUCCUACCCAUCAUGGAAUAUGGGUAGGCCAACCUCCAUGAACGGCAUUCCACAAUUCAUGCAGCAAAUGGAUAUGAACAUGGCAGACAUGAUGCUCAGCCAAGGCCUCGUCGAAUCAGAAUUCGGCACACUCAAGCCGCACAUCUUGUCGUGUCCCAACCCGGAAGUCAUGCUCGGAGUUGGCGAUCCCAUGAUCUACUCAGGUUAUGGCAUAGAUCCAUUGCGCUCAUGA